AUGGGAAAGCGGGAGGAGAGGGAGAAAGAUGAGGGCGGUGUCAGCCAGAGGAUGAAGGUCGGGGCGGCGGGCCCCAUCUUCACCAUGGACGACCUCGACUGCUCCAUCUGCUGCCACCCCAUGCGCCCUCCCAUUUUCCAGUGUCAGUACACUGUGGGUCAUACCAUAUGUUCGUCUUGCCAUGACAAGCUCCCAGGCAAGUGCUGCUUCUGCUCCCUUCCCACAGUCUACAACCGCUGCAACUGGCUAGAAUAUGUGGUUGAAUCCCUCAAAGUUGCUUGCCCCAAUGGAUGCACUGCGAGUAUAAAAUACUACCAAAAAGAAGAGCAUGAGAAAGAAUGUUCGCAUGCACCAUGCUUCUGUCCCAUAGCCAACUGCGGCUUCAGCGGACCAACUGCAAUGCUCCUGGAGCAUUUCUCAUCCAAGCACAACUUGCGCUCCCUGGAAGUUCCAUACAGCGAGUGGUUUGGGAUAUAUAUGCACGUCAAUGUUGAUCCUCCCACGUCAGCAACCGCUCUUGUGGGUCAGGAUGGACACAUUUUCCUGGUCUGCAUGAAGCUGGAGUCCUCCGGUGGUGUCAUCAAGGUCUGCUGCGUCCAGCCUCACAAUACUGGAAUUAAGUUCAAGUGCGCUCUGGCAUUGUCAUGCACUAAAACCGGCUACUCCCAGGCUACGAAGUUCCAAACGAGGAACACUAAUCUGUAUGAUGGGCUCCCCGAUGAUGGCUUCCCGUUCCUUGUGCCUAAGGUGUUGCUUCCAGCUGCCGCUUUGGAGAGGGCACUAGUGUUCUUUUGGUCUCUAUUAGACAUCCAUCCUAUUGCAUGCUGA